AGGCCCUUUCCCCUGGCUGGCAGCGCGGAGGCCGCAAGAUGCCUGGAGUUACUGUAAAAGACGUUAACCAGCAGGAGUUCGUCAGAGCUCUGGCAGCCUUCCUCAAGAAGUCCGGGAAGCUGAAAGUCCCCGAAUGGGUGGAUACAGUCAAGCUGGCCAAACAUAAAGAGCUUGCUCCCUAUGAUGAGAACUGGUUCUACACACGAGCUGCUUCCACAGCACGGCACUUGUACCUCCGCGGUGAUGCAGGGGUUGGCUCCAUGACCAAGAUCUAUGGAGGACGGCAGAGAAAUGGUGUCAGGCCCAGCCACUUCAGCAGAGGCUCCAAGAGUGUGGCCCUCCCGGUCCUCCAAGCCCUGGAGGGGCUGAAAAUGGUGGAAAAGGACCAAGAUGGGGGCCGCAAGCUAACACCUCAGGGACAGAGAGAUCUGGACAGGAUUGCUAGGCAGGUGGCAGCUGCCAACAAGAAGCAUUAGAACAAAGGAUGCUGGGUUAAUAAAUUGCCUCGAGAUCGGAAAG